AAUCCUUUCAGUCUACCAGAGUUUUACUGGACAAAGAGUUAACUUGUCCAAAUCAUCUGUGUUCUUUAGUAAAAAUUCUGCUGAUUGGGUUCAAAAUGCAGUUUGUAAUACUCUUCAGGGGAUUGAUAUUUGCCAUUCAACUAGGUAUCUGGGGCUCCCUAUGGGGUUGGGGAGAUCCAAAAGAGAUGUCUUUGAAUUU